AGGGUCUUUUUCUACUGUAGAAUCAUAUAAAAAUAUUGAAAUAAUCGCGUUAAAACGUGCAGUAACAAUGAGAAUGACGUGCAACGAAGGGAACGUAUAAAAGCACGUAUACAUGAACAGAAACGAAAUUUGACUAAAUGAAAUUUAAACGAUAAUCAACCGGCAUAGGUUGAACUCGAACACAAUACAACAAACACCUAUUACGUUAUUGGUACAGUAAAUUUUAAGAGUGGUGCUCACAAUUUUCAACUUGAAUUUUUACGUUAAAAUCUAUACGAAUGAUUCGUACCGACUGUACGUGGUACAUUUGAACACCUAUGUGGAUAAAAUUGAAAAAGAGAUGUAUAUUGAUAUCAUUCUUGGUUCUAUCAGCUGAUUGUCAUCUACCAGCAACAUAUAAAGGAUACACUGUGAUGAACUCCAAAUUAAAUCAUACAUGUAAUCACUGUGGUACAGAGUAUUACAGCCUGAUUUAUAUUUCAUAAAGUUUUAUUGGGGAAAAACAGCAACAACGAAGAGUCUCAUGAAAGAAUGGGAAAUAAAAAUAGUUGCUGCAUCAAUUCUAGUCCGCAAGUCGGCCGUAAAGAUCUAGGAUCUGAAAGUGUUACCCGUGGUCUUGAGGAACAUCUGCCGGAAGGUGGAAUUAGCGUUAAUAAUUUACAACAUAUUAGUGAACGUGAACCAGAAGACUGGGAUUCUGAUCCGUCGUUACAUCCAUGCGCUGGUACUAUUUUUAUGGAACGAUCUAAACAAGCUAUUGAAAAUGGUAUGGUAAGGAAAAAGAGUCAGCAUCAAAUUGCAGAUACAAGGCCUUUAAAGAAAAGUAGCAGUUGCAGUACAAUAUAUUUAGAUGGUAGUACUGUUUCACAACCUAAUCUUAAAAAUACUGUGAAAUGUGUUGCCUUAGCUGUUUACUAUCACAUUAAAAAUAGAACUUCACAACGACAAAUCGAUAUAUUUGAUGAAAAGCUUCAUCCUUUAACGAGGGAAGGUGUUACAGAAGAUUAUGAUAAAUAUAACCCAGAACACAAACAAAUUUAUAAAUUUGUGAGGACAUUAUUUAAUGCUGCUCAACUUACAGCUGAAUGUGCCAUUAUAACAUUAGUUUACUUGGAACGUUUACUUACUUAUGCAGAAAUAGAUAUAACACCAGCUAAUUGGAAAAGGAUAGUACUUGGAGCUAUUUUAUUAGCAUCAAAAGUUUGGGAUGAUCAGGCAGUAUGGAAUAUAGAUUAUUGUCAAAUUCUAAAAGACAUUACUGUAGAAGAUAUGAAUGAAUUAGAAAGACAGUUUUUGGAAAUGCUACAAUUCAAUAUAAAUGUUCCUUCAAGCGUGUAUGCUAAAUACUAUUUUGAUCUUCGCACUCUUGCAGAAGCAAACGAAUUAACAUUUCCUAGUGAACCACUCAGUAAAGAGAAAGCUCAGAAAUUGGAAGCAAUGUCCAGAGUUUAUGAAGACAAAGUCACAACUGAAGCUUUGCGUACUGGUAAUAAGAAAUGGUCAAGUUUAGAUAAUAUAUGUAUAGGUGGACCUAGACGUAGUAUCGCUAUUCUGUCUUAAAUUUUGGAUAUAAAAGUAUACAUUACUUGUAUCUAUACCUUCGCAAUUAAGGUAUGUAAACAAGAAAAGUUUUGCAAACCUACUAUAGUAUACUACCAAUCAAUUGAAAAUAUUUCACAAGCAUAUCAUUUUUAUUAUUCAAUUAUUUUGUAUUUUGUUCUAUUCUUAUUGUUCUAUUUAAAUGUUCCAAUGUAAUUCAUUUAUUUCAUGAAUUUAAUUUUAAAAUUUAUUUUUCUGUAAUUCCAAUUUACCCAAUAAUGAAAUAGGAAGAUGUUAAUAUUUUCUUAAAUUGUAAAACUAUUGCAUUUUCUUUUAAAAUUUUAUUUAUUUGAAUAAUUUAUUGAGAAACGUUCUACAUAAUUUUCGAGAUUUUUUAACUAGGAACUUUUUAAUAUAUUAAAGUAAAAUAUUAAAGUGUUAUACAAGUAAUACGAAUGAUAAUGAUUUUUCCUUUUAAUAUUGUCAGUGUUUUUGUUAUUCAGAUUGUGAUACAUGUCAGUUGUCUUCUUUUCAAAUUAGUUUAUGUAUUUACUGAUACCCAAAAGUAUAAAAAUGUGUUGCAUUGACAAGUUUAGUUUGAAUUAAUACUUUUUAGAAUUUGAUACAUUUGUAUAGAAUUUACAAUAAACGAUUUAAAUAAAUAUAUUUAAGAAUUUGCAAAUCAAAGUCUUCUUAAUUAUCUUAAUACAUUUGAAGUAUCUCUUUGUAUUUCAAUAUUUAAAAAUGAUUGUAUUCAUAUUUAAUUCAAAUGAAGUAUAGUGAAUUAUUACAAUAUCAUUAUAUAUCUUUUGAAGCAUUUAAUGGAGAAAUCAUAAUUAUAUUUUUCUCGUAUGUCACUAACAUAAUUUUCUUUAUCGCGUAUCCAGUUAUCAUUUAUACGCAUGCAUGCGUAAAAUGACAUCCUAAGUAUUUGUAAGUGUAAGUAUUUUGUAUAAUCAAAGUCUUAAAUACUUCCAAAAUUAUUAAAAAUAAUUAAUUAAAAGUAUCGCGAUAUUUAAUAAUAACAAAAUUAUAUUACUGUCCAUUUGUAAUAUUUGAUGUAUUUAAUAUACAAUACUUUUGAGGAUUUUAGAAUAUCACAACUUACAACUUUUUCAAUUUUUAAAUAAGGUUAUAUCUGCCUCGCAAAAUAGGAAAACUCGUUUUUAUUAAUUCUAUUAAUUAACCAAUAUUAGAUGGUACAUAAACAUCGAUAUGAAGCUUAAUAAAGAUAAUCGCAUAUAUAUUUGAAACGUGACAUAAAUAAAAAAUGCAAGUUUUAUUAAGUGGGUACAAACCUAAUCAAACCUACAUAAACAUCACUUUUGUCUACACAUUCACAAAAUCACGAGUUGAAAUGAUUUACUUCUGGUGACUACUAGAGAAAUAUUUACUUAACUUCUUCCUGGUGGUAUUUAUAAAUUAUUGUUGAGUUGUGUCACUUUUCAGAUACAUGUGUUAUAUAGAUUGUGUAUGUAGGAUUUUGAUCAUACAGUAUACAAAUUUUGCUAUUAAAAUAUUGAUACAUAUUAAUAUUCUUGUAUUACGUUGUGAUUAAAAAAAAAAGUCAAUUUAUAAUAGUUACUGUAUUGUAAUAAAGUGUUAGUAAAUUAUCCUGUUUAUUAAAAAUGAAAAAUUAUUCGAAUUUAAGUGCAAUGUAGUAUAGGAAUACUAUUUACACUAUUAAUAAACUUGAAUUGUUUUAAAUAAUAACUAAAUUAUAUUCAGUUAAUUAAUGUUUCAUGCCUUUUUAUUACAACAUUUGUUUCUGUGAUUCAAUAGAUCUGUAAAAUUGAUAUUACAAUAUCUAAAAUGAACAAAAACACUAUUUUAAUAACAGCUGACACUUCAUAAAAGGAAUAUAAUGAACUUUGACGAAAGCUUCUUGAAUCAAUCAUUCAAGGUAUAAGAUAUAUUGUAUAUUAAACAUAUGUAUGGUGUGUCAUUAAUUUUGUAAUAAGGUUGAUCAAAUCAGGCUGAAUUCUUAAUAUAUAUUGCAUGAAAAUAUAAAUUUCUUAAAAGACUUUGUUUAUUAUUGUGUAACAUGCUCAUAUGAAGAAUAUGUAUAGAACUAUACCUAUUUUGCACAUAUAAUUAUUAGUAAAUUAAUGUAUGUAUUUAAAAUGUAUGAUACAGGUUAAUGAAGUUAUUUAGAAUAAUUAUUUAACAUUUUGCAUUCCCAGAUUAAGAUUAUAUAUAUAAAUAUUGAAAUGUAGAAAUAAGCUAACACUUACAUUAUAACUGACUAUUUCUUUAAAAAAUUAAAAUAAUCUGAACUCCUAUUGAACUUUUUGAAUACUGUUACAGAGUAAUUACAAUUCAUUCUUAUUUUUAUACUUUGCUACAAGAAAUUAAGAAUAAUGUAUUAGGAAAACCUCAAACGCAAUAAUUAGGUCUUAAUGUAAAACAUAAUAACGACAGAAUGUAAUAUCACAUACAAAUAAAUUUAAAUAGAAUCCAUAGUGUACAAAAAUAUAGGAAUAACACUAACAUAUCUGUGACUUCUAUUCAAAUGAAACUUUUUAAUUUCUUGAUUCAAAUCAUGAGGAUACAUUUUGUACUAUACAUUUGAUUAGUUCUAUGUACUUGAAGACAAUUAUGUAGAAUGACAUAAAAGAACAUAAUAAAAUAUAAAAUGUAAAUAAUGAAUGCAUCAAGAAAAGCUAAAAGAAUUAGGGGUUUUUAAUGCAUAACCAUUUUUACGAAGAGAAUUGCAUUGUAAUUAUAAUCCUGACAUACAAUUGCAUCAUAUACAUAUAUUGCUACGCUCUGUUUAUAUGUCCUCAUGAGAUUGUGUCAUAAAUAAAGCUUUUUCGAUACUA